GGACGGACCUCCCCUCGGCUCGCUACGGCAAGCCGGUAGCCUCAUUCAUGAACAGCUUGUUUACAUACCAGCAUUAGCCUCUCUGAUGAUUAGCUAAGAUUUAGAAUAUUCUGCAUCCUUUCAUUGCGAUUCCGACCAUGUUUGGUAGCUAAGUGUCAUGAAAAUGUCGAUGUUUAGCCUCACUGUGAAACGCACAUGCUUCGGCGUGUCAUCGAAAGUUCCCCGGCCUUCUGCUAGCCUGUUAGCAAACAAUACAGACUCGGUUGACUUUCACAUCGUACAAGUCAGGCGCCACCUUAACUCUGAAACGUAUAACCCCAAGGUACCGAAAAUUGCAACAUGGACACCAGUGACAGAGGCCAAACUUCCUCCGCCCUCCCGGAUCCCUGCAGACCUAGUGGAUAAACUAGAGCGACUGGCCUUGGUUGAUUUCCGCACCAAACAGGGACUAGAUUGUUUGGAGAAAGCUGUACGGUUUGCAGAUCAGCUUCAUCUAGUCGACACGGCUGGGGUUGAACCAAUGGAUUCUGUUUUGGAGGACAGGGCACUAUACCUGAGGGGCGAUGCAGUGACAGACGGUGACUGUGCAGAAGAACUUCUUCAGCUUUCCAAAAACACAGUCGAAGAAUAUUUUGUGGCACCACCAGGAAAUAUUCCUCUACCAACGAGGGCUGAGAGGGCCGCAACGCUGAAACACUCAGAGUUCUGAAGUUUAUAAAUUUAUCUUUAUUUUUUAUUUAUGUCAUGAAAUAAAAUGAGCUUGUCAUGCA